AUGGAUCCCCCAUUCGUUCACAACUCAAGUCAGGAUGACCUUUUGCUUGAGAAACGAAAUCGGCGCCAAAGGCGGGCUAGCUCAGAUUUAUUACAAAGUCCUGUUGAAGCAAAACACAAGAGUCCCUCCAAAACAAGUUUAUUAUCUAAGUUGUCAUUUUCCACAGAACUACUGGCCAAUUCAAAAGCGCUGAGUAUGUCGCAUCAAUCUGUUCUCUCCGACAUCUCGAACCCGUCUGAGCCUGGAGCUCAAGGUCAUAUUUCCCGCUGGGCGAUCUCAUUAGACGCUGUGCUACAGGACGAACUCGGGAUCGCCGCUAUCUCCUCAUUUUUAAGAAAAGAAUACUCUGAAGAAAACAUUCAAUUCUGGCUCGAAUGCUCAAGAUUGGAGCUAGAGACAGACCCAGAGAUUGUUUCUACAAGAGUAAAAGAUAUUAUCAGUCGUUUUAUCGGGCCAGAUGCAGAGAGUCCAGUGAACAUCCCCGAUCAUCUGUCGCAAAAAGCACUCGCUGAAGCUCACGAUCCAAAACCAACUUCGUUUGUUCCACAAAAAGAAGCCAUUUACAACUUGAUGAAAUUCGACAGUUACUCCAGAUUCCUGCGCAAUGAGCUCUACGCGAAAUUGAUCGAACUUGAGCUUGAGGGACACCAAAUUACUGUCGACGAUAUUCGCCGGAUCGAAAAUGGCCAGAGCCCAGUGCGGAAAAAGAUAAGAGAAAAUCAACGCUACAGAAGCUCAUUGGGCGCAAGACCGAGCUCUUCGCCAUCGAGCCUAAACGAAAUGAUAAAGCUCGGUCGAGUAUAA